AUGCACCGCCACGAGAGCGCCCAGCAACUCCCGAAAAACAGUCGCUCCGGAGCACAGGGAACUCCGGACCUCUCGAAAGCUCGAGGAAAACACAUAGCCAUGAGACCGCCUUUGAAUCGAACGACAGAGACGGCGUCAGGAAGCAGAGGCGCCUCCCUAGUGGAAGGCGACAGCUCACUGCGCUCGAACGCCGAGCCGUACGCCGCUCUUCUCGAUGGGGUCGUACUGGUGUUGCUAACCAUCUUUGCAGCGUUGACACGCUUUUGGCGAUUGUCGGAGCCAAAGGCAGUUGUAUUCGAUGAGUUUCACUUUGGCAAGUUUGUGGAAGCAUACUUCACGGGCGAGUACUUCUUCGAUAUCCACCCGCCACUCGGGAAGCUCCUACUCGCCCUAGGUGCGUAUCUUCAUGGAUACAAUGCGAGUUUCAGCUACGAUCAAAUUGGAGCAGAAUAUCCCGAUAAGUCAUACGUGGGUGCGCGCACUGUAGCGGCAGUCUUCGGCACGCUUUUGGUACCGCUGAUGUACCUGGUUGCUCGGGAGCUCUCGUUGCACGUAGCGGCUAGUGUGCUUGCCGCUGCCUGGGUACUCUUGGAAGUUGCAACGACAAUCGAGUCGCGUCACAUAUUAACAGACUCACAGUUACUAUUCUUCUUGCUUUUACAUUUCUACUGUGUGCUUCGCCUGUGGCGGACUCGCGAUGGCACUCGAGCCCGAUGGAGAUGGCUCUACUGGAGUGGCAUCUCCGCUGGCCUGGCCUUGUCCAUCAAGUGGACGGCGCUAGCGACGCCUGCGCUAGCCGGUGUGGUGUCCGUCUUUGGGAGCCGAGCCCUGCUGCGGUCGCAGAAACGGAUUCCCCUGUGGCAAUGUGUUUUCGUCGGACUGCUUGCGCUAGCGUUAUACACAUCAUUUUUUUGGAUACACUUCCGAUUGCUUCCGCGGAGUGGCUCCGGGGAUGCCUUCAUGCUACCUGAUUUUCGAGCGAAACUCAUCGGCUCACCCGAGUACAAUGCUGCAGCCGCGCCGGUUCCAUUCUUUCGCAAAUUCGUUUAUCUGAAUAAGGAGAUGUUGCGCGCGAACGCACAAGUGCCUGGACGGCACCACUGGGAAAGCAAGUGGUGGUCCUGGCCACUGAACCUACGAGGAAUUCUGUACUGGAUUCAGACCAAACGAGCGCCAUGGGCGGAGAAUCCGAAGACGACUCGAAGCGCACCUGCCGAAGCAAAUCAGCACGGGACUGGGGUUACCCCUCGGAGCCAAUACCCCGUUAUCGAGGCUCGGGUUUACCUAAUUCUGAAUCCUGUAAUUGCCUGGAGUGUCCUCUGCUCGUUGCUCUUUUUCGGAUUUCUUCUCGCCCAAAAUUUCAUCGCUGGACUCGGUGGCUUCGGGGAUCGAGCGCCGCGGCGACUGCAGACUGCGGAGCUCCCGAAGAAGCAACGCCGCUCACAGCAGAAGCUGUACGCUCUAGGCACAUAUUUGUUUACCGGAUGGCUCCUGAAUCUUCUUCCCUACAUCGGUGUCAAAAGAGCUGCAUUCCUGUACCAUUAUUUGCCAGGUCUCCUGUACGGUAUACUGCUUACUGCUUUGCUUGUGGAUCGCGCACCCCUUGCGAGAACGGGGCACUAUCAACUUGUAACGAUUGGUGUGUUGCUUGCCGCUGCGGCGUUUAUCUACUUCUCACCAUGGAUCUACGGCCUCUACCUGACCAUCGAGGAACAGCAGAAACGCCGGUGGCUUCGCGGCUGGAAUUGA